AGGGUAUAAAUAAUUUUUUAAAAUUAUUAUUAUUAAUAUUAUAUAAAUAUUUAUUAUUUGUAAAGGGAACCUCUCCCUUUAGAGGUUAUUCUUAACCCGUUAAAGCCGAGCUGCAUCUCUGCACUUUUCCCCUUCCAGGCCGCGAUGCUUUGCGGCUUCAAUAUUUCGUGCUUCGUUUUCUUUCUUUUUGUUACUUUUGUUGCCUGUAGCGAAGAAAAUGAAAAUAAUUCAGAAAGGGAAAGGAACAAAAAAUGUCUUCGUUUUUUCUUCUUCUUCUGGAAAACACAGCACUCUGAAAAAGGAAUGCAAUUCCACAGCAUGGAAUUGCUUUUAAUUGUUGAUGUUCUCUCUUGUUUGUUGAUGUUUUUAGGGGAAGCACAAAGGGAAUUUUUUUUAAAAAAGCUGCACCUGUUGAAUUUCUGCCUGCCUCGCACAACACCUGCCGGAGAGCAACCUGGUCUACUGAGGGCGGCAGUUGCAGGCAUUUCAAGAGCCCCACCCCCUUCUUUUGGAGCUGCAGGUUUGAAUUUACCCAAGAAGGGUUAACCCAAUAGAUCUGGUGACAGCUGCUAGAGAGGCCCCAGACAUCUGGGAGGAGGGAGAAAUGCAAAAAAAAAAAGACCAGGGAGUCCCUUCCUUUCCUGUUCCGCCUUCACCCUCCAUUCCUUCCCAACCUUUUGCACAAAGUAGCUUCAUCUCCCUCUUUAAUUCCUCCAAGCGGCAGUUCUGGGGUGGUUGCAUUGAAGGCGCCAGAGAACCUCAGAGGCUGGGGCUGCUGAAGUGAGUAAAAAAAAAAAUGCAAAUAAUAUAUUAUUAUUAUUAUUUGUUUUGUCCAUCUUUGUGCAAUGCAAGGGAGAGAGGGAGGGAGCCAAGCAAGGGGCUGAGGGAGGUCGGGAGGGGAGCAAUUGCUGUAGCUCAGGGGCAGGGCAGCUGCUCUGAUUGCAGAAGGCCCCAGGCAUCCCCAUUUAGGGCUGGGAAUACUCCUUGUCCGAGAGCUGCUGCCGGCCAGCAUAGACGAUGUGGAAUUGGGCAGCCCACCUGCCUGGCGGGUCAGUCGGUAGAGCACGAGACUCUCCAUCUCAGGGCCAUGAGUUUGAGCCUCACCGUUGGGCAGAAGAUUAUUGCAUUCUGAAUCCCUUCUGAUUCUGCAAUGCCUUGUUUCUAUGACUCUGUUUACGGCAGCUUCCCUUGUUCCCAUUUAAACAGCUCUUCAAUUAGUACCAUGAGGACUGGAAUCUUAACUCUGCCUUUAAGGAAAAAGAUAGAGCACCUGCUUGACACGCAGAAGGACUUGGGUUCAAUCCCUGACAUCUCCUGGCAGGGAUUGGGAGACUACCCCUUCCUGAAACCCUGGAGAGCUGCUGCCAGUCAGUGCAGACAGUGCUGAGCUAGAUGGACGGGUACUUUGGCUUUUUAUUGCCAUAGUUCAUGCAGAAGGUCUUGGGUUCAGUCCCUAAUGGCAUCUCCAGGGAUGGGAGAGACUUCCUGCCUGAACGCUGCAAGAGCUGCUGCCAGUCAGUGUAGAUGUAGAAUCAUAAAGUUGGAAGGCAUACCCAAGGGUCAUCUAGUCCAACCCUCUGCAAUGCUGGAAUCUUUUGCCCUACGUGGGCCACGAACCCGACGACCCUGAGAUUAAGAGUCUCAUGCUCUGCCGACUGAGCCAAUUCUUAUCAGCUCCACGGCAGAUGGACCUACAGUUUGACUUAGUAUAAGGUAGCUUCCUAAUCUCAGUGAGGGGUCGCCAACCCGGUGCCCACAGACACACAGGCCAAGCCUUGCACGGCGCUCCUGAGAAGACUCUUCUUUCUCUCCUACCAGUCAGAUAGGCAUGAGCAAGGCUGUGCAUUGUAGCAGAUAGAAAGAUGGGUGUUUUAUUUUUAUAUAUUUAAAAUUGCAGAUGUCCCUGGCCUGGCCUUGAAAACAGGGAAGAGUCAUGGAAGUAGUGUGACACAUUCACACCACCCAUUAAAAGCCCUAUCAGUGAGUUUAACCAUUCAUAGAUUCAUAGAUUUGGAAGACCCCACAGCAGCCAUCUAGUCCAACCCCCUGCGAUGGAGGGAUCUUUUGCUCAAUAUGGGACUCGAACCCAUGACCCUGAAAUUACUAGUCUCAUUCUCUACCAACUAAGCUACUGUGCCACUUUAGACAGGUAUGGCUUCUUCCCCCAGAGAAUUCUGGGAACUGUAGUUUGUUAAGGGAGUUGGUAGGAGAUUCCCCUAUUUCCCCACAUUGCCAGGGUCGUUUAACAGUCCCUUCUCACAAGGGACUCUGGGAAUUGUAGUUCUCUGAGGGAAAUUGAGGGUCUCCCCUCACAGCACCCUUGGCAAACUACAGCUCCCAGAAUUUUUGGGGGGAAGCCACAAACAUUUAAAGCGGUACCACAGCACUUUAAAUACAUGUUGCUGCACCGCCCGGGAAAAUCGGCUCCCCGACUCCAAAAGUCUUGGGAAAUGUUAAAAUGCUUUUUUGUAGCUAAUUGCUGGGGAGGUGGAGAAUAAGUGAGAAGUUAUUAAGUGCAGUUUGCGGUGUGGUUGUGUAUUUAUUUGUUUCAUUUAUAUCCCACCUUUUUCUCCAAAGAGCUCAAGGUGCCAUAUAUGGGCCUCCUAGGAAUGUGGGUGGCGCUGUGGUCUAAACCACAGAGCCUCUUGGGCUUGCCAAUCAGAAGGUCGGCGGUUCGAAUCCCUGCGGCGGAGUGAGCUCCCGUUGCUCUGUCCCAGCGCCUGCCCACCUAGCAGUUCGAAAGCACACAAGUGCAAGUAGAUAAAUAGGUACCGCUGCAGCAGGAAGGUAAACAGCGUUUCCGUGCGCUCUGGUUUCCGUCACAGUGUCCCGUUGCGCCAGAAGUGGUUUAGUCAUGCUGGCCACAUGACCCGGAAAAGCUGUCUGCGGACAAACACUGGCUCCCUAGUCCCUCGGACUGAAAGUGAGAUGAGCGCCUCAACCCCAUAAGUUGCCUUUCACUGGACUUAACCAUCCAGGGGUCAUUACCUUAACCUUUUUUUUAUAUGGGCCUCCCUCUCCCCACUUUAUCCUCACAACAACCCUGUGAGAGGCAAGUUGCGCUGGCCCAGGGUCACUCAGUUCGCUUAAUGGAUGAGUGGGGAUUUGAACUCUGGUCUCCCAGUGUUGCAACACUUAACCACACUGGCUUGCAUCGAUUGUGGUUUGGGGAUGCCCAUGGCCACUUUGGCGGUUUCAAAAUGUGCCCACAGGCCUGAAACAGCCGACGACAACCCCUAGAAAAUCAUAGAAUUGUAGAGCUGUAAGGGAACUCUGAGGGUCAUCCAGGCCAACCCCCUGUGGCACGUUCUCAGAGAGAGCUGCGAGAUGGGAGGGAGGCAAAUAUUUGGGUGGGUAUUCUGUUUAAAACGUUAAGCUGAAGGCAAAUCUAGAAUGUUCCUCCUCCAUUCUUUCCUCUCUCUUUUUGAAAUAUUUUUUAUUUGAUUUUACAAAUAUAGAAUUACAGUGGACCCUUGGGUUACAUUACCUUCGGGUAACAUAAACUUCGGGUUGCGAAGUGUGCUUGCCGCUCGCACAUAUGCAGAACAGGCGCCUCUAGUUACAAAAUCUUCGGGAUACAGCCGGGCCUCUGGAACAGAUCCCAUUCGUAACUGGAGACUGUAUAACAAUACAAAUUGCAUAUCCAUAUUUAGAGAUUUCUCCGAAUCUCUGGACUUCUCAUCUUCCCUUCCAUAGGUCCUAUUAUUCUCAACUGCAUACCGGUAUCAUUUCAUAAUUCACAUUUUAUAUCUCUCCAUAUUGUCCAUGACAUUUGCUACAUUUAAAGCAUUAUUAGAAUCCAGCUAAUGUUUUAAUCUGCUUAUGGUGGUCUCCUAAAUAAAUUAUAAUUUUCCCCCCAUUCUUUUUUAAAGUUCUUGUAUUCUUGGUUCCUGAGCAUUCCGGUCAAAUGUUAAUGCCAUUUCGGCAUAACCUAUCAGCCUGGUUUGCCAUUCUUCUCUGGUCGGUACUUUGUCUUCUUUCCAUCUCUGGGCUAGUAGCAUCCGUGCGGCUGUUGUCGCAUACAUUAAAAGUUUUUUCUGUUCCUUUCGGAUAUUGGUACCUACAAAAUUCUGGUUUGUUUGUUUUUACAAAGGUUAUCUUAAACAUUUUUCCCCAACUCAUUAUCUCCUCCAUCCUUUCCUUUCUCUCCCCCCCCCACUUGCAAUUUUGUGCUUUCUAUCCACAGGGCAGUGACCUCUACCCAUCAGGACCACUUGCAAAUGACCGCUUAGCCAAACGGCCGUGUCUCCGUCGCCCCACACGCCACAGGAUCACGGAACGGACAACGGAGGCGGGGAACCUUCCCCUUUCUCUCUCCUAGGCAGACAGCCGCCACUGGAGCUCAGGAAGGCCUGAGAUGGGAUAAGGCCCCUCCCAAUGGCCUCCAAGAAAGCCGUUUUGAAAGAAGGGGGUGCGCCGCCAGCCCUGCGCCUUCAGGCCGCUCGAGAGCCCCGGGUGAAAAUGGAGGAGAAGAGCCUGGCCUGUGGUGCCAAGCCAGCUGAGGGGGUGAGGAAAGGCUCUCGUUUAGCUCCAGCCGCCGGUGCCCGGGAGUUUCUGAAGCGGGUGACGCCACAGCAGAUCAAACAGGAGCCGGACGAGGGCUUGGCCCAGCGCUGGGAAGCCCAGUGGCAGGAGUUCCUGAAGGUGGUCCAGUCCCCUCACGCCGGGUGGGGGAGCCCUCCGCUGCCGGAGCUCGUGGCUUUCAAGGAUCCCAAGGGCUUCCCGGCCUCGGGCGGGGCGGCCCCACAGGGCUUCGGGCGGGGCGGCAGCUGGAAGGUCAAGGAAGAGGUCUUAGAAGAGGAUGCGGCGAGCGCAGAAGCCCAGCGCCACCGAUUCCGGCAUUUCAGCUACCGGGAGGCCGAGGGGCCGAGGGACGUCUGCGGCCGGCUCCGGGAGCUGUGCCACCAGUGGCUGAAGCCGGAGAGGCACACCAAGGAGCAGAUCCUGGAGGCGCUGGUCCUGGAGCAGUUCCUGGCCAUCCUGCCGCCGGAGAUCCAAGGCUGCGUCAGGGAGCGUGGGCCGGAGACCUGCGCCCAGGCGGUGGCCCUGGCCGAGGGUUUCCUGCUGAGGCAGCAGGAGGCGGAGAGACCCCAACAGCUGGUUCUAGAUUCCUUUGAAGAAGUGACGGUGAAUUUCCCAAGGGUGCAGCAAGUUUGCCUGGGUGCUUCUCGGAAACAAGCAGGGAGCAGGCUGCUCAGCGAACAGGAGAGGCAGGUCCUUCUGCAACAGCGGGAGUACCUUGAACGGGAGAACACCUGCGGGACAUCGGUGCCAAAGCCACGCGGGAGCCUCUCUCAGCCCCACGAGCCAGGGAAGGCCUCUGAGAGCCAGCUGCGGCUGGAGAGGCACCCAGCCAAGCGCCUGCCGGAGGCCAUCCCAUGCCAGGUGGGCUACGAGGACCUCAGCGAGAUCUUCUUCCCGGAGAGGAUGCAGGAGAACCAGCGGCAGAAGCGGUGCGUGGUGCUGCGCCGGAGGAUCCACACCGAGGAGCGGCUGUACAAGUGCCAGGACUGCCGGAAGAGCUUCGACCACCGCUCGCACUUCAUCCGCCACAAGAAGAUCCACACGGGCGAGAAGCCCUUCCAGUGCGCCGACUGCGGCAAGAGCUUCAACCGCAACUCCAACCUCACCACCCACAUGAGGACCCACACGGGAGAGAAGCCGUACAAGUGCGCCGACUGCGGCAAGAGCUUCCGCUGGAGCUCGGACUUCAUCGUCCACGAGAGGACGCACACGGGGGAGAAGCCCUACAGCUGCGCCGACUGCGGCAAGGCUUUCCGGCGCAGCUCCAACCUCACCGCUCACGAGAGGACCCACCGGGGGGAGAAGCCCUACAAGUGCUUGGACUGCGGGAAGAGCUUCACACGGGGACUCUACCUCAUUGCACACAAGAAAACACACAUGGGCGAGUGAGGGGCGUUGGUUCUCCGGGGGUGGGUGGGGUGUCUCGGCAUGACCCGCAUUUUGGAUGGGGUAGGGGGCCGGCUUCGAGCUGCACCCAUCUAGCAAGGCAGCGGAGGGCUUUUUCUUCAACACCCUGCUCGGGAGCUUCCUGGAAGCAUCCGAUUGGCUGGGAACCCGGAUGCCAGACUUUAGACCUUCUUGGCCAGAUCCAGUGGGCGCUUCCUGCAUUUUCUUCAUGUGAAGAGAAAACCAGGUGGCUGCAUCAUCAAACUGCAAAUGGCCGGGCCUGGUUUUGGAUGGUUGGCAACUUUCUCCUGCUAUAGGCAGCUGCCUCAUACCAGGUCAUGCUAUAAGUUGUUCUAGUUCUGUAUUUUCCACUGCAGAGCAGGGAAACAGAUGAGGCAGGACUCCCAGAUCAGCCCCAGGCAGCGGGGUGACCAGAGAUAUUAUUACAGCAGAACCUCAGUUUUUGAGCAUCUCAGAAGUCGAACAAUUUGGAACCCGAACGCCGAAAACCCAGAAGUAAUUGCUUCCGUUUUCGAACGUGCCUCAGAGGUUGUACGCACUUCCAAGGCGUGUUUUUCAUUUCUUCCCAUUUGCAACCAGCCCAUUGAUCCUCUGUUUUUGAAGGUUUCGGAAGCCGAACGGUCUUCCGGAAUGGAUCACGUUCGAAAACUGAGGUACCACUGCAUUAUUGCCGUUCCAAAUUGUAUUGCCUUCCACGCAUGCAAUGUACAAAAUUCAACGACAGCAGCAGAGAGGUGGUUUAAAAAGACACAGACAAGAACAUGAAUUAAAAAACUCCAAACCACACACUUGAUACUUCAGGGCAGGCAACUUACCCAGCUUCCUAGACCAGAGAACCUCUCACUUUAUUAACCCCCCACCCACUGCAUCCAGGCCCCAGUCUUGGGCCUUCCCAGCCUUUCCUUCCCAGCCCCAGAUGUUUCAGAGAGACAGAGUUAGGCAUGCAUGUGCAUGGAUGCUUUAGUUUCGAUGCCUGCAUUGCGGGGCGGUUGUACUAGAUGACCCUUGAGGUCCCUUCCAACUCUACAAUUGGCAUCGGGAUGGCAUCACUCAUCAAUGCCAGCUCUGACCAGCAGCAGCUCUCCAGACAGAACAUCUUCUGAAUCAUUGACUCCUGGAGCCGGGAACCUUUGGCUCUCCAGGUGCGGCAGAACUACAACUCCCAUCAGCCCCAGGUAGUACUGCCCAGUGGCCAGGGAUGGUGGGAGCCGUAGUCCAGUGAGACUUUGAGGGCGCCAGGUUGAAUGCUGGACCUUCUGUGUGCAAAGGAGUCCAGCUAAAAUUCCUUUGCUAGACCUUGGCAGAUAUCCCUCGCUCGCUCGCCCGCCCGCUGUUUGGGGGGAGGCAUCAAAUUCAGCUUUCCUUUUAAGAGAAAAUUAAACCGAGUAACAAAAAGCAAAGUGUGUUAAGGUUCUAGUCCUCAUGGCUGGGGCUUAAAAGUUUGUGAGCAAAGUCUGGGGAAGCCUCACUAGCCAGAAAGGGAAUCCAUAGGGUUUCUAACGGCUUUCUGUCAUGUGGCUAAGAAGUGGGAUAAAUUUCUGCCAUGUACGCAAAUAUAUGCAAAGGAACUUCCACUUUUUGGCUACUGAGGCUUAACGUUAACUUCUUGCUUUUAAAAAACACAACGCUGCCCUGAUUUGGCUGAAACAACGGGGCUUACGCAGGAGGAAGCUAUUCUGCCCCAAACAAUGUGCCAAUUAAAAAUCCAAUUUCAGCCCCCAGAUUUAUUACUACAGUGCAAUCAAAUGCACACCACGGUUUGCAAAACUCAGGCAGGUUUUUGGCAACUGGUUGUAGCUAAUGAUCAUGGUGGUUAGGAACAGAAGCUGAACACCAGAUAUUUGGGGGGGGGGUGGGAAUGGAGGAAAGACAAGGUGAGUUGGGCUGUUGCCUUUUUUGCCCCACCUCUGGGGUUCUUGGAGACGUCUUGACUGGCUACUCUGGGAAACGGAUGCUGGACUUAAGGCCUUUGGCCUGAUCCAGCCUAAAAUUUUGAUAAGUGAAAAUGACCUUCUGAGGUGGGGGGGGGGUCAGGAAAAGUGAUGGAAAACAUGGACACCACAGCGUCCCCUUCCCCCCCUCCACCUGUGAAAUGGGUCUAAAAAGCGAAGCAGCACGAGUGCGUCGGAAUUGCAUCUCAUCCCCAGAACUGAGCACGUGAGAGAAUCUCUCUGGACCUUGAAAGGACCUCGUACCUCUGAGGCGUGGGCUAGGCCUCUUCCGUUGCAUCCCGAGAUAGUCCUACUUAUAUCCAAAACCAAUGUAGUCGAUAUUUAUGCCUUGUAUUUUCAAACACUUGCUCUUUCUUCUUCUGCCCCCUCCCCCUUUCUCCUUACCUGAGAAUUUCCCUCAGGUUUUCAACCUUUGAUUCCCAGGCAAUGUUAACUUCCCUUAGGUUUGUCUUGUAAUAAAUUCUUUCCUCUUCAUGGCAACAUAUAUAUAUCUAUAUAUCUAUAUACUUGAGAAAUGAUGGGUGAGUGUCUCUCCUACCUUUCUUUGUUUGAUUUUUUUUUUAAAAGACAACUAAUAAGUCGAAAUUAAACAUUCUUUUUUUUUUAGUCUGCUUCUGCUCCUGGGGUGUUAACAACAAGGGAACUGGGGUGUGGUUUUAUUUAUAAACCCUCUUCAGGAGAUCCAUGACGUGUUGAUAGAGGUGUGUGGGGGAAACCCCUGGCCCUCCAGAUUAUGGUGGGUUGUAGUGGUUAGUGUUGUUCUAGGAUCCGGGAGACGAGGGUUCAAAUCUCCCCACCAAGAAGCUAACUAGGGUGACCUGGGGCCUGUCACUGCCUCUCACAGUGGCGGCUGGAAUAAAAAGAGGAACCAGGUAUACCACCUUGAGUUGCUUGGAGAGAGAGGAAAGUGGGCUAUAAAUGCAAAUAAACAAUAAACUCCCAUCAUGCCUGACCAUUGGACAUGCUGGCAAGGGCUGAGUCAGAGUCCAACUGCAGCUGGAGGGCCCCAGGUGGCGCUGUGGGUUCAAAUCCCUGUGACGGGGUGAGCUCCCGUUGCUUGGUCCCAGCUCCUGCCAACCUAGCAGUUCGAAAGCACGUCAAAGUGCAAGUAGAUAAAUAGGUACCGCUCCGGCGGGAAGGUAAACGGCAUUCCCGUGCGCUGCUCUGGUUCGCCAGAAGCGGCUUAGUCAUGCUGGCCACAUGACCUGGAAGCUAUACGCUGGCUCCCUCGGCCAAUAAUGCGAGAUGAGCGCGCAACCCCAGAGUUGGUCACGACUGGACCUAAUGGUCAGGGGUCCCUUUACCUUUAUGGAGACAGGCUCAAAUCUGUGCUUGAGCCCCUUCGAGGCAAUGCUUCAUGGUAUCUGCACAUACACCGUUAAUUUAGAGCACAUUUUCAGUGUGGAAGAUUCCCUAAGAGGUAAAAGAAAGGACUCCCCACCCACCCACAGCACAUAGUUAAACUAUGGAACUCACUUCUGCAGGAGGCAGUGGCAACCAAGGUGCUAUUUUCAAUUAGAGAAAAGGUGAGUUAAGGAGACAUGAUAGAAGUUUUUAAAAUCUAUGCAUGGAGGAAGCAGAUGGAUUUUUUCUCUCUCGUCACACUAGAAAUAAUGGACAUCCAUUAGGCUGAGGGACACUCUGCCUAUGUUCAAGGACUCUCCUUUGCUUUGACAGACUGGCCCAUGCCAUGGCAAAGAAGGUGGACCAAAGACCAAAAAUCUAGUGAGGCCAGGUUGAAGUUAAGGCCUACCCCAGAGAUUGAGGGUGGCUGCAUGCAUAACGGGCAGUAGGAAUGGAAUGGAGUAUCCCUGAGAGGGAGAAGUGGAAUGGAGUAUCUUGGACGGCAUGGCUGGCAUAUGAAGCAGCACAGCACACAGCAAUGUUUUCUUGCAGCGAGCCCGUCAUUCCACAAAACUGGCAUUUCUAUUUAGAAUUCUCAUUAGGGACCGGGAGUGGAUUUCUCCUUACACAAAGGCAGCUAGCUCCACUUAAACGUAGGGCUGGCUGUUACUUGGGAUGCACUGCAGAAUGUCUGGACCAGGGGUAGGCAACCUAAGGCCCAGGGGCCGGAUUCGGCCCAAUCGCCUUCUCAAUCCGGCCCGCGGACGGUCUGGGAAUCAGCGUGUUUUUACAUGAGUAGAAUGUGUGCUUUUAUUUAAAAUGCAUUUUUGGGUUAUUUGUGGGGCAUAGGAAUUUGUUCUCUUCCCCCCCCCCCUCCAAAAUAUAUUCCAGCCCACCACAUGGUCUGCGGGAUGGUGGACUGGCCCAUGGCUGAAAAAGGUUGCUGACCCCUGGUCUGGACACAUGGCAGCUCAGAGAGAACCUCCCUGUUCAGAGGUACUAUACCUUUAAGGGGCAAACAUCAACUUGCUGUGUUUGCUAGAGGAAUUGGAUGGAUUGGUUGCUAGUCUAGAUGAGAUCCAGGAAGGUAACCGGACUCGGAACAUUGUGUAGAGUUCUGGUCUUCUUGCCUUAAAAAAAUAUACGGUAUCGUGGAGCUGUAAAAGGCUCAGAAAACGACAACCAAAGUGAUCGAGUGGGAUGCAACAAUUCCCAUGUGUGGAAAGGUUAGAUUUGGGAUUUUGGACAAAAGGAAGUACAGUGGUACCUCGGUUUAAGUACACAAUUGGUUCCGGAAGUCUGUACUUAUCCUGAAGCGUACUUAACCUGAAGCGAACUUUCCCAUUGAAAGUAAUGGAAAGUGGAUUAAUCCGUUCCAGACAGGUCCGCGGAGUACUUAAACUGAAAGUACUCAAACAGAAGCGUACUUAAACCAAGGUAUGACUGUACUUCACACAGCAGUAGUGACAGGUACAGGUAGGUAGCCGUGUAGGUCUGACGUAGUCGAAACAAAAUAAAGAAGGAUACUGACAAGUGGAACGUGUCCAGAGGAGGGCAACCAAAAUGGUCAAAGGCCUGGAAACAAUGCCUUAUGAGGAAGGGCUUAGGGAGCUGGGUAUGUUUAGCCUGGAGAAGAGAAGGUUAAGGGGUGAUAUGAUAGCCAUGUUCAAAUAUAUUAAAGGAUGCCAUAUAGAGGAGGGUGAAAGGUUGUUUUCUGCUGCUCCAGAGAAGCGGACACGGAGCAAUGGAUUCAAACUUCAAGAAAGAAGAUUCCACCUAAACAUUAGGUAGAACUUCCUGACAGUAAGAGCUGUUCAGCAGUGGAAUUUGCUGCCAAGAAGUGUGGUGGAGUCUCCUUCUUUGGAGGUCUUUAAGCAGAGGCUUGACAGGCAUAUGUCAAGAAUGCUUUGUUUCCUGCUUGGCAGGGGGUUGGACUGGAUGGCCCUUGUGGUCUCUUCCAACUCUGAUUCUAAAAAAAUUCCUUCCAGCAGCACCUUAGAGACCAACUAAGUUUGUCAUUGGGUAUGAGCUUUUGUGUGCAUGCACACUUCUUC